AUGCGGCUGAAGAUGGGAAAUGACAGUACGGUGACAGAAUUCAUCCUUCUCGGAUUUCCAGCUCUUCUGUCUGUACAGAUCAUUUUAUUUUGCACGUUCUUUGUGCUUUAUGCAUUAACCCUUACAGGAAAUGUUCUCAUCAUCCUUGUAACCUCAGCCAGCACCGAACUCCACACCCCAAUGUACUUCUUCCUCAGCAAUCUGUCUUUCCUUGAGAUAUUGUACACAUCCGUCACCAUCCCGAACAUGCUCCUUAAUUUCUUACUGAAGAACAAUUUUAUUUCUUUCUCUAGGUGUUUGGCCCAGAUGUACCUUUUUAUCGCUCUAGGUAGCAUAGAAUGCACAUUGCUUGCUGUUAUGGCUUUUGACCGAUACAUUGCCAUCUGCAACCCAUUGCAUUAUGUUACUGUUAUGGACACUUCUACAUGUGUAAUAUUAGUCAGCACCUCAUGGAUCAGUGGGUUCAUCAACUCCAUGGUCCACACUAUAUCUACCGUCCAUCUCAACUUCUGUGCCUCCAAUAGCGUAAACCAGUUCUUUUGUGAUAUCCCCCCAUUAUUAAAAUUGGCAUGUGGCAGUACAUGGCUUAAUGAGAUUGUUCUAUUUAUUGUCGGAGGGGUUUAUGGACUUGGGUCUUUCCUAUUAACAUUAAUAUCCUACAUUCAUAUUAUUUCCACCAUAUUGAAAAUCAAAUCUAAGACAGGACAACAGAAGGCCUUCUCCACUUGUGCAUCCCACCUAAUCGUUGUGGCAUUGUUCUAUGGGACUUCAAUAUUUGCUUAUUUUAGUUCUACUUCCAAACAAGGUUUGGAUCAAGAGAAUCUUGCCCCUGUGAUUUAUUCUGUAGUGACACCCACACUAAACCCCAUCAUAUAUACUCUGAGGAACAAGGAAUUUAAAAGUGCAUUAAGGAAAAUGAUGAGUGUUGAAUACGUAUACUUUUAA